AAAAAAACAAAAACAAAAACAAAAAAUGCAGGCAACCUCCUUUGCUCCAGUCCCCAACUGCUGUUACCCCGUUAUUCCAAACCAGUAUUUACACUUCCAACCUCUCCAUCUCAAGAAACCAAAACCCACUUACCUCUCCCUCUCAAAUAACCAACACAUCAUCACUGCCCUCACUCUAAUUCCAACAACCACUCCCACCAAACCACUACAAUAUACUAAUAACAACCCUGACCCAGAUCUCAACUCUUCACUCUUUCCACAGUUUUACUCUUGCAUUGCCACUGACAAGGGAAAUAACCAAAACCCAGAUACCCAAAACCAAAGAAAAGAAGAGAACUACAGAGAUAAAGUGACCAAAAAGGACUGGGGAAUUUUCACAAACAUGUGGUGGGCAGAAUUAAAAGCAGCGAUGGGCCAGAGAAUUAACUUCGAAGGUAUUGCUAGUUCAACUAUGGUUGUAGUAAAGGACCAUCAUCUGGCUUUGCCGCACGUGGCGGUGCCCGAUAUAAGGUAUAUUGAUUGGGCUGAGCUGCAUAGGAAGGGUUUUAGGGGUGUUGUGUUUGAUAAGGAUAAUACUAUCACUGUACCUUACUCAUUGGCUUUGUGGGGGCCUCUUGGUUCGUCUCUGGAGCGGUGUAAAUCAGUGUUUGGCCCGGAUAUUGCCGUGUUCAGCAACUCUGCUGGGCUGUGUGAAUAUGACCUUGAUGGUUCAAAAGCUAGGGCACUCGAAGGGGCCAUUGGAAUUAAAGUAAUAAGGCAUAGGGUGAAGAAACCAGCUGGAACGGCUGAAGAAAUUGAGAAGCACUUUGGUUGUAAAUCCUCACAACUUAUCAUGGUUGGUGAUCGGCCAUUAACGGAUAUUGUGUACGGGAAUAGAAAUGGAUUUCUGACUAUUUUGACUGGACCUUUAAGUCUUGCCGAGGAGCCAUUCAUUGUUAGGCAGGUGAGGAAAUUUGAAACGUCCCUUGUCAAUCGCUGGGUUAGGAGAGGGUUGAAGCCAAUUAGUCAUAGUUUAUUGUCAGAUCCCAUGCUUUGUGUGAAAGAUCUCCCACCUUUGUGAGAAAACAAGUGUGGAUAUAUAUAAAAGGGAGAUUAUUCUGGAGCAGCAUGAAAAGUUAUUGCUUUUGUCCAGUAAAUUCGUAUUAUUAUUAUUAUUAAUUUUUUCCCUAUAAAAGUUAAUUUUGUAUUAUCUGGCCAAAGUCUAUAUUGAGAAAGGGGAUGUUAAAAAUGUGAUGCAAAAUGCCGUGGUACCAAAGCGGUUUUCAUGUAUAAUGGGCAACUGGUAUCGCAGAAAAGGAUGUGCAAUGCUGCAAGUCCAAAAGGAAAAAUGAUUCAGGAUUUGACCCUUAAUGUCUCUGUUGGAAACACUAAAAUAUACCAAUUGAGCUACAUGACUCUUGAUGUAAUAGGUAUUGAAGCCCAUUAUAGCUAAAACAUAAGUUAGUUUGCUUGGAUUUUAUAGUCUGGCAAGAGCCAAGAUUUUGACACAAUAAACAUAUGUUGAAUCC